AUGGAGCUUCACCACCAUUUUAGCCAUGAACAUUCAGGAUGUGGGGAGCUGGUAUCAGGUCUAAGCUAUAAUUGUACGGAGUGUGAGUUUUACCUUGACAAGAAAUGCUUCGAGGCCUCCCCGGAGUUAGACCUUCAUGUAAAAUGUGCUUUGUUUUCAAAAACCAUUGCUGAAAAUAAGAUUGGGGAGCUUGAAGGUGUUUCCAAAAAGGAUCUAUUGGUCUCUUCUGAAAAUGGUUCUAAAGAAUUACUUGAAGAAACCAAUUGCUUUGCAUUUGAUGAAAAGUGCAUUUUGUUGCAACCCAUCAUCGAAAGGUUUCCACGACAUGGUCACCGAAUUUCCCACACAUUCAUCCAUAGGCAACAUGAGAUCAAAUCUUGGAAAUGCCGAAUUUGCUAUGAGGAGGUGAAUUCGAAGCAUGGAUGUUAUUGUUGUUCUGAUUGUAAUUAUAUUGUCCAUACAAAUUGUGGAGUAAAGGAUUACAGUUGGUACGACCUAGUGGACGAUGAGUUGGAAGAAACAAGUGAGUUGCUUAACAAUUCAGCCUUUGUUGUUAUUAGAGAGACCAAGCUUGGUGAAAAUGAUGUAAAACCCACAGAGAUAAAACAUUUAAGCCAUCCUCACAACUUAAUUUUCAGCAAUGAUGUUAAAGAUGAUAAAUAUUGUGAUGGCUGCGUGUUGUUCAUCUCGACUUCAGUUUACCAUUGUGCACAAUGUGAUAUCCUUCUCCAUAAAUCAUGUGCUGAAUUGCCUAAGAAGAUGUACAUUUGGCGUCAUAUUCACCAACGUCCGUUCACUCUUAAUUUACAUGCUUAUUUUUUGUGUUGUGUAUGUGCAUUUCGGUUCAAUAACUGUUUCUCCUAUGAUUGUAAUGUGUGUGAGAAUCGUUACUGCGUUGAACACCGCCUUUUCUAUUACAAAAAGUAUGAAGGACAAUGCAAUGGCUGUGGAAGAAAUCUAGAGUAUGCGUUUGCUUGCAAAGAGUGCAACUUUUUUGUGGAAUACGGUUGUCUUACGCUUCCCGACAAGAUUCAACACAAGUGUGAUGAACAUCCCCUUAUGCUCACAUAUGGUGAAGACAACAUUUAUUCAAAAUAUCAUUACUGUGAUAUUUGUGAAAAAGAAGAAAUCCAAGCCAUUGGUUUUACCGCUGUGCAAUUUGUGACAAUUCAGCCCAUGAAGAUUGUGUUCUUGAUGCAUACUCGUAUAUGA